AUGGACCCGAAUACAUUGAAUCAGGUCGUGGAGGCUCUGAACACCAUCUUCAAUCCAUCAUCAACAAACGACCAACGACGAAUAGCUCAACAAUUCUGUGAAAGUGUCAAAGAAGCUCCUACUGGACCCAUCGUUGGACACUUUCUCGCUCGUAAAGAUUCAGGACAACCAGAUGUAGUCAGGCAUUUUGGAUUGUCAGCACUCGAACACGGUAUCAGGUUUCAUUGGGCUCAAUACACGGCACAAGAACGUGAACAGAUUCGAAAUUGUGUUGUUGAUCUUGUUCAGAAUGGCACGAAAGAUAUAUUAAUUGAGCCAUUAUACAUCAAAGAGAAAUGUGCUCGAUUAUUUGUUGAAGUCGCUAAGCGUAUGUGGCCUGGACAAGCUUGGGACAAUGCUGAUAGGCUUUUGAGGCAGCUUUAUGAUGCAACUCCAACUACACGAGAAGUAGUCCUCCUCAUUCUCAGGUCACUAGCAGAAGACGUAUUCGUAUUCGAAGAUGCAGUCGCAGAACUCCGUAAACGUGAAUUAUGUUCUGCAAUGAUGGCAUCAGCUAUCUCGUCACAUUUACUCGAACAAGAACGCCAGAGUCGACUUGCUGAAACACAGAACGCUAAUGGGGGUGGCAUGGUUGGUGUACCUGCUGCUACUGCUACUGGUGCCGUGCCGAUAUCUGUUGCUGGCAUGUCCAGGAAGUUGGAUGUUGACAUGUUGAGUAAUUUACAUCAGAUGGAUCAGAACAAUGAAGGGUGGCUUGCGAGGUGGUCUAGAGCGUUAGGAGAGUUGCAUGAUGAAUGGAGACGAGAGGGUCAAAUUGGAAACGCGCCAGCGUCCAGUAUUGCAGAAAAGUUAUGUGUAGCUACUUUGAAUGCUAUACAGAUGUAUUUGGAUUGGGUGUGGUUGAGUUCAUUGGUCGAAUGCAAGCUAGUACAUCGUAUCAUCGAGCUACUCAUUUCCGACAGUCCCUCUAUACGCUUAGCUGCUGCUGAAUGUUUGACAGUUCUCGGUGAUCGCCACAUUCCACCAACAGAUACUUACCGAGACUCGUCCAUAAUUGAACCUGUAUUCAGUUUUGGUCUUGAUACAAUGUUUGCUGCAUGGGCUCGAUCUCAUAAUGCUACGACUUUGGAUCCAAGUACUUUGAAUACUAUAGAACAGACUGUUCUUGUUCCUGAACAAGAAUAUGCAUUUUUGAAACGCUUUGUACAGGCAUAUACACUCAUUGGUGAAAAUCACGUUUGCAUGAAAAAACAAGUUAGUGUGGUACCACAAUCUCUCAACAAAUAUUUAACUCUCAUGAUACUUAUUGCCGAUCACCCAUCACUUUUACUUUCGUCAUCAACGGACACGUUCUUUUCAGAGAUCCUGAAGCAUGAGAACUUCAAAAAUACUGCGGAAAUUCAAGCCAUAAUGCCAAAACUAUUGGAACAUUCAAUUGAAGGCAUAUCUACCUCUGUUGAGAUAUCAGAAGUCUCGAAAUACUAUCGAGAUUUGGAUUUCGCUACCACAUCCGAAUAUAAUAUGUACCUUCAAACCAACCGCGUGAAGAUCAAGGAGAUUGUGAAAUCGAUUGUUGCUCUGAAGCCUGUGGAAUCAUUCCAAUGGUUGAUUGGAAGGAUACAAUCUACAUUGGUUGUUCCUGUCGAAUCGUCUUCGCUGAAUGAGAAGGGCAUGCUGACUCCUCAAGCUCCUGUAUAUCGUGCAUUUGAAACAACUGCAAACUUAGUCGAAAUCAUGGUGCCUGGAAUACCUGUUGAAAUCAUCAAGGGAACAGAUGCGUCCAAGAUUGCCAUUCAUCAACAACUGCUACCACUGAUGCAACAAGCUGUUCAAGCAAUCAUCAAUUAUGUUUCAAAUGAUUCAAGCAUUUUGAGGUUUCAAAUCAGCAUGAUAUUACCUUUUGCUGCUGUAUUGAGUACCAGUCGAGACUUGUUGAUGGCUACUCUGACAAAACUGUUCUCAAUGGUGAGCUUUACUAUGCUGUCUGAAACCAAUGCUGUGCAACAACGAUGGCCUAUGUCUGAAGAGACCAAGAUUGUUCGUAUCAAGGCGUGUACUUCUUUGAGCAAGUUGGGAGUUGUUAUGGCUGAUGAGCUAUUUACUGUGUAUGAUCAAAUCACUGGAGCCAUAGCUGGUCUGAUUCAAAAGGGACUCUUGUUUGAAGAAGAACAUCGACAUCUGGCUGAAGCGCAAAUUACCAUAUUACAUUAUUCAUCACUCGCACCGGACGAGAAGAGACUACGAUUAAAAGUUGUGGUUGAUCCGUACAUUCAGAACUGGGCUUCGGUUCCUAUGGCAGAGUUUGCAAGCAGCCCGACCAACUUUAUGACCUUUUUGGGAAUUGAUGUCAUCGCGUCGAAUGUGGAUACGCUGAAUCGAGUGGAAGGUUCGUUGGAGACCGUCCAGCCUGCAUUAUAUGAGAAAUUGAUGCAGAGAAAGUUUGACCGUAACAAGGUUGGGCUUAUGGUAGCUGCAUUGACUGCAUUCCUUCGUCGAACAGUCGACACACGAAAGAAGAACAAGCAUCCACUUGGUAUACCACCAUCUUCAGCUAAACGUAGAGAGAAACGGAAUGCAUCCAGUCCACCACCUCCCAACAGCUUUUGGAAAGAAUUCUUGCCGAACAUUGUUCCAAAUGUGCUUUUGCUCAUUCAGUCAAUCCAUUCCUUAUGGGAUAUUCGAGCAUGGGAAGGACUACCACCAGAAUUGAGCAGCAUUCGUGAUAUAAGUCCACCAGAACGCCAAUUCUAUGUAUUUGGAACUGCUACGAAACGAGUUGAUGACGAUGGUACUGAAAUGUCUGCGGGGCCAUCUGGAAGUUCUCCUGAAGAGCUUGACAGGCAAAUGCAGAUUGUGCGGUUGUGGCUUGUGCAUAUGCGUGAGAACUGUUAUCACAUGCUGGCAUUGCUGACAUAUAUCGAUACAGACUUGUAUACGCUUCCAGGCUUCUCUGAAGCUCUUACGACGUCUCUCUUCUCAGCCGCUCUCCACUUGGAUAAUAGGCAUUGGAAGUCUCUCAUCACAACAGCACUACCACCACUCAUCAUGCACUGUCCACCUGGAAAUCCACUACUUCAUUUAGUGCUACCGCCAUUCUUUGAAUAUGUGACGAAACGUCUUGAUUCAGAAUGGGGUAGUGCAGCUGCUAAAGGAGGCUUCAAACCUGAGGAUGAAGAGAAUGGCAUUGGCGUUGAUGAUGAAGACAAGAUGGAGGAUGUUAGUGAUGAGAUUGUAUUUGAAAGAAUAUUGAGGGAUUUUACGAGGUCUGUUGCAGAGUUUCUUGCUACUGUGUUUGCAGCUUCAAUUGAAAAACCACCACCACCAGCACCACGGCCAGUAUUUGCCAAUGAGGAGCUGGCCGAGUACAUAUUAUCAAACGCCACUAUAUAUACACCCAUGUUGCAUUGUCUUGCCCGAUUGAUUGUAUACGAAGACACCAAAUCAAGUCGUCGAGCAUUGAGCACGAUGAUUCGGCUUGUACCCGUCAUGUGUCGAUCUGUACAGUUCGCUAGUUUUCUUGGUCGUGAUGUGUUGAUAGCUUCUUUGACGACAUUACACGAUGGAUAUCACACGGAAGUACAUAACGAAGCAGUCGCGCUUGUAGCAGAAAUCCAUCUCCGUCUCCGGUUUGGCCAAAACUCGACCAUCCCAUAUGAAACCAUGUUAUCACUACCUGAUAUGACACCACAACGACUAGAUGCCUUUGAAACAGAACUGAAAACAAAAACAUCACCCAAAGAUCAACAAGCUGUAGUCAAACUGUUCUUGCAAGGGAUUACAGGAAUGGCGAUUUCUCAAUGGUUUGUCAGGAAGGAUUCAUUUGUAUUGUCGAGUGGGCCCAAAGAACGAUUGCAGAAUCGGCCGGCAGAGAGGGAUUCACAUCGAGGUGAUAUUAUUGAAGGGACUGGGACGGAUGAGUCUGUUGGGAUUGAUGGUAUGUUUGCUAGCUCAUGA